CAGCAACGACAGAGACGCGUGACGUUGUUUACACGGUCCUCAGCUGCAGAGAUCCUGUGCCGCAGACUGCUGCUCAUGGUGCUGACUGAUGAAAAUUUCGGCCUCAGCCCAGCAGGUCUGGUUCGUGUGCAACAAAGAUUGAAAACCCUUCAGCCAGUCGAUGAACUGAAGAGGGGUCCGUUCAUGCUGCAGGCUCGAGUCCUGGAGUAUCGGCAAAUUGAUGCAGGGGUGGAGGUGGACAUCUGUCUGUCUGCCACUUCUCGUGCCGGUUGCCCAGUGUGGGAGAGUGUCCUGACACUGCUGUCCAAAAACACACGCUACAAAGCCAGCAGAUGCUUACUCAAGAAUGAGCGUGAAUGUCUUUCGACAAGCCAACCCAAUGAGUCUGUGCCAGAAAAUGUAAAGCGGGUAGAGCUCAGAGUUCCGAGGAUUACCGGCCUGCAGCGUGUAUGGUCCUUCUCUGACUACAACCCCUAUCGGCUCCUCUCUCUACCAGCCAGGCUCGUUGGCUACAGAUUGCAGGCACCAAGUCUCUGGAUGCUGUCUGUCUGCUUGGCUGAAAUAGAAAAGCACAAAGGUGUUGGAGUCAUCACAGCUCCCAUCAGCAUCACUGCCCAGUUUAAAGAGCCUCUGUUGGUACCAGGCAGAGUGACGAUCAAGUUUUGGGAGACAACCAAAGAUGGGGAUCAGUCUCCUGCCCAAAGCCUCAGUUUCCAUAUGCAGCAACAUGGAAGCAACAUCUCUCACAUGAAGGGUUUGAUUUCCAGGUGACUGAUUAACAUAGAAGGUCAAAUGCUGAUACAUUUGCCAGACAACACAUUUCUUCAACAUUUUAUUAUUUUUUUAUUUCGGUCUUUUACAGUUUAAAAAUAACAAGAUAGGAAAAGGGCCUGAAGCAAAAGUUUGGGCAACCUGCAUUGUCAGUACUUGGUAGCGCCCCGUUUGGCAAGUAUCACAGCUUCUAAACACCUUUUGUAACCAGUUCUUGUUUGGGGGAUUUUCACUUCAAAAUUUGCAUCACCUGGCCUUUCCUAAGGAUGAUUGUGAACAAGCCAGAACCCUAACAAACUGAUUAAAGUCUGAGACCCUGUUUGGGAGCUCAAAUGUCUUGGGUUGCCCAAACUUUUCUUCUACUUCACUUAACUAUUCACAGUAAAAUAAAUUUUGACAAGGGGGGCCCAAACUUUUGCAUUCCUUGUAUUGUACUUUUUCUGUUUUGUUCUGCUACAGUGUUGACAACACAGUUAAAUGCAACACGGUUGGUCUGCACAAUCAUCUAAUCAUACUCAAGUUGGUUUCAUAUGAUCAUAAAAUAAUGUCUAUUUAUUGCAAAUUUAAAUCCAAUAUUCUCACAAGGGUGUGUAUUAUUAGAUGUUUCUGUGUCUGAGCCAGCUUUUUGUUAAAGAUAUCAGCUAUCAGCAGUUAUCAGCUUCAUUGAGUGCAACUGCUUCACUACCUUCUGAUAAUGGUAAAUGGUAAACAAAAACAUAAAAAUAAGAACUUCCACUGUAAAAUAAAAUGUGCCAUGUCCAGAUGCAUAUGAGGAACUGAUUUAUAUAAUGCUGAAUCAUUUUGUUAUGUGCAUGUUGGAUGAGUUGUUAUAUAAAUGACAACAGCUGUGUCAGUCACCCCUGAGAGAAACUUGGUUUGUACAUCACAGUGAAAAAGCAAAGGAAAACAUGCACAUCCAGUGCAGUGCUGCCUUACAGACAUCAGUGGGGCUUCUUUAAAAAAAAUGUAAAGGCCAUACACAAAUAAAGCAUGUACACAAGGACACACACACACACACACACACAUCCACCCACAAAAGCCAGAACUAACAAAUCUCAAUCACAUUGCUGUGUUCCCAAUGAAAUACUUGUGCGAAUAUAGCUGGUGGAGUGUUUUUUUGUUUGUUUGUUUGGUUGGUUGGUUGGUUGGUUGGUUGGUUUUUUUAUUGAUCAUAUUACACAUAUAGAUAUAUAUUGAAACAUUUAAAAUAAUAAUUUUAACAUCAUAUGUGAAAUAAUAACAAACAACAGAACAUAAAACAAAACUAAUACAGACAAACAUUAAAUUGUACAAGGGAGAUGUAAACCUUGGAAUAAUACAGCUUGUUUGUUAUUUAGGUAUAGUUUUACCAAUUUUUUGAGAGAUCUGGAAAGCUUUCUUGUUCAUUGUUAUCUUAGAAACCGAGUCAAAGAGAUGUUGUUAAAAAAGACGAAUACUUGGUGUAAUCUGAAGCAUUCGAGCCUUACGGAUGUGAUACUUGCCAACUAUAUAUGUUUGAGAGCCUCGUCAGUAGAUUGUGAGCCUGUAUUACACUUUAGAAACAAGACCAUGUCUUCUAAUAUUCAUGUCAAUCCAUUAAAAGUUGUAUUAAUCAGCAGACAUACUUUCAAUAAAAUGUCUGAGAGUAAGUACAUGAUAGAAUUAAUGAGACAUUGAUUCAAUUUCUGUUUUAUAGAAAGAACAUAUUGGAGAAACAUCUUCCUUAAAUUUAGGUAAAAAUCAUUACAGGGGUAGUAUUAUAAGAUUUCUGGAAAAGUUAGUUUCCAUAAAAGAGUUGAUUUUGGAAAGUAACUUUGAUCUGAGGUC